AUGUACUUGUCCAUUGGAGUUUCGGGACAUGGCAGAGCUGAGAUAAUACCAAAUGGUCAAGGCAACAGAAUGACACCAUCUUGUGAUGCCCUCACCUACACGGACCACUUAAUUGGUGAUGCUGACAAGAACCUGUCCCUCUUCAACCCCAUUAACACCAUCUUGUGUUGUAAGGUGGUAGCUAAGGAUGUGUACAGUGGUGCUGCACAAAAUAUCAUGAACACAAAUCACAAGAUGUGCAAGGAUGUAUAUAUGAAAUUGCGAUUUCAUUCUGAAGAGAUGACUGAAUCUGUUGGACGUGAAUUUCAUCCUAAAGUUGUCAUAGAACUUGUAGGGCUUGAACCUAUAUUAGCAAGACUGGCUUACCAAGGCCCAACCCAACUUGAGUAUGAUAGAGCAAAUGAAAUGUCUAACGGUAACAACGUGAAAUCCACGAGCGGAGAAAAGAUUCUGGGGAUUUUGAUCCCCCUUGUAGGGUUGCGGAAAACCCACUCCUGA